GUCAUCUGCAAGCAGUGAUGAUUGCUCGUCAUGUUGUCUGUUAUUUUCCUAGAAAAUGAACCGAUAACAAUAAUGUGUCUAGGGAUACGACAACGCAUAUCAACAUCGAUUUCGCUGUAAUGUGUAAUUCACCGGCGUAGCCCCUGCUAUUUGAGCCAUUUGAGCACAAUUUUGAAUAAUAUCGAAAAAUAUCUUUUAGCAUGCAUAUUUUGAACUACGUUUCAUGUAUUCUACAGUGCCACUUCCCAUAGACAUCUAUUUGUCGUCAUGGACGAAACAUGCGAAAAAUUAUUUUGCAAUACACUGACGGCAGAAGAACUAUUACGCAGCAAGGGUAUCAGUAGUAACACAUUGGAAGAAUGGGAAAGAUCUUUGAAAACUUUGCCCAAAAGUGGAAAGAAGUAUUUUGAACCUAAUAAUUCUUGGCUCCAAAAUGUUCAGAUUGAAAAGGGACUUAAAAAUCGUAGAGACUUAUUAAAUAUUGAAAGAGUUGAACGUACCUCAGAAUUAGCCAUUGCUGAAUGGAUACCAUCCCAAAAAAAAGCCCUUGUUACUAAAAGAUCUGGUCAAGAAUGGGCCAAUUUUGGCUUGGAAAAAAAUGGUUCCUUAUAUUUAUUACCAGAAGAAACAUUAUUUCUUAUAGAAACAAAUUGUCUUGAACUUAUUUGGAAUAACGUACCAUGUUCAAUUCAACAAGCAUAUGAGAUCUUAAUUGAUGACUCGGUAUGCACUUUGGAAGAAUAUAGAGUUUAUAGUCAAUUAACACGUUAUGGUUAUCGUAUACAACGUUAUUUUUAUGAAGAGGCAGAAAAGUGCAAUAGAUCAGAUGAAUGUGCUAAACGAAAAAUUAUUGUUGAUCCUGAGAGUGGACUGAGAAUGUCUGACAAUCAAUUGCAGAAUCAACAAAGCAUGGAAAAAUCAAAAGAAACUUUAGUAAAGGAUCUGAUGAAAACAUCAAAUAAGUCAUUUGUUAAUGCUAAUACAAAAGAUGAUGAAAAUAUUAUAGUAGAAGAGCCUGUGGAUCAAGUAGUGCAAGAUGUAAUGGUCCAUCUUUUGUCUAAUAUAGAAGGCCAGAAAAGUAUAAAUAACUCUGUUACUUUUGAAUUAAUAGAAAAUGAUACAAUACAAAGUGAUAUAAAUAGCGAAGAAAAGAAUCGAAAUUCUAAACCAGAAAUAAUUUCUGAUGAAACUUUACUAGGCAAUAUCAAAUUCUCAGAGAUACAACGUAACUCAAAGACAAGUUCUAAAGUAUCAAAAUGGCCAGGUACUCGUAUUCAACGUAACGUUAAGCAAUUGCCCAAGAGGAGUGAUAAAGUAUUAUCUCCUGAGAUUUCUGUAAUCGAGUCUAGCUACACAAAUGAAAGUUCUAAAGUAGAGAAACGAAAGUUGAUGCAAGUUGACGAGUCGUCACAUACAAAAAAAUCAAAGCAUGAGGUAAUUGAAUUAUCUGAUGAUGAGAUCCAGGAAUUACCACGAUGUAUGACAAGAAUGGAAAUGUUAAACUUGUUUCCAAAUAUCGCUUUUCAAUCGGAUAUUACAGAGAAAAUCCACAGGCGAUAUUUACCACAUAAUAUAAAGCCUCAGAAUAAUAUUUAUCAGUAUAAUCGGACCAAAAUUUUACGUAUGCAAGAGAAUGAUAAAAGAGCGCGACAGAAUUGCAAAGACACAAGGAUAAACACGAGACAAAAUACAACGCUUUUGAGGAGUCCUGUUGCCGUCAAUAAUAGAAAUACUCUUUUUCAUAAUCAGCAUUCGCGAUCACCUUUGUGUGGCCCGUCAAGACCGUUUUAUCCUAUGGACCAAAUACACGGAACGAACAUCGGUUUGUCUUACGCGUACAGAUUUCCUUUUAAUUACAGUCCGGCCGUUUACGUGCAGAAUAGAAUCACCCAGAAUGUAUUUCAAAAUUUGUUCGUCGCCUAUGAAAAUAGUGGAAAUGCCAUUCAGCAAAGCAGAAGUUUGACUAUACAAAUGAAUAAUUACGCGAUGCCAAUCACGCACAUGGAGGGAUAUCGAAUGAGACAUUUCUUUGCAGAGAAUCAAUUCCGGCAUGGUUUCUAUCAGAAUCUUUUGUGGCAGCAGAGAUUUUGUCAGCGGAGGAUGUUAGAAAAUACGUCAGUGCACAACAAUAUGCAUCCUGUUGCAAGACAAUAUGAUGAUGCUAAUAAAAGUAAUCAGACCAGUCAUGAAGUCGUCAAUCGUCCUUCUUUUACGACUCGUCUAGGAGCUAGUUCAUGGACAGAACUGAAAAGGAGAUGGUCUGAAGAGAAAACUAUUACAAUCGACGAUGAAGAUUAUAUAAAUAACAAAUGUGACGAAGAAUGUAAUGAAGUGCAAGUCGUAAAGCUUAUCAAUCCAUUGAUCGGUCCAAGAAAUGUAUCUUCACUGACUGAGAUCUUCAGUAAACUAGCUAUAAUCAAAUCGGCGCCAGAAAGGACCGUUAGAAGGAAAAGGAACAAACAUAAGAUAUCAUACAAUGUGUACUCCUGCACUCAUCAUUAUAGAAAGACGAAUCCUGGUCAACCGUUGUACAGCCUGGUAAUAAUAAGGAAAGAGGAUUCAUUUCUUCAACCAGUCGAGUUGAAUCGCCUACAACAGGAUGCGAAAGGUUCUCAGAUAAUAUUAGCAUAUGUAUCCAUGUCGAUAUCGUACAUUCAACCAGGUAUUAUAACGAUGCCAAAUAUUUGCACCUGAGUAAUCCCUGCUAGUUGAAAUUAUUUCGGAGCAAAUGAGGGAUGAUGUCUAUCUAUCAAAAAUUGCUUUGUAAAAUCCAUAAAAUUUAUUUUAUUGUAAUAAACUUUUGCAUACUUAUAAAGACGAGAAA